AUGCGCGACAGACUCAGCGGAUACCGAGCACGGAGCAGGAGGAAAUAUUAACCAAAGCCUGUGAUCAGUCUUUAAUUGCUGCUGAUGUCAGAAGACAAAUUUUAAGCAUUGUACAUGCUGCUUUUAUGGAAAACGAUUCUGGGGUCUCGCGAAUCCAGACGCAAGGAGAGGCGCAGAUAAAGAUCUUUAACCACAGUCUGCACCAAACCAGUUCAACUAUCUGUGUGGAGUAAAAUUACUCCCCUGACCAGCGUGGACUGAUGAUGUCUCUAAUGGUUCACCUGAAGACGGCCGCUCACCUCCGGGGAAAAGGUGACAGGAUCGCCAAAGUUACAUUCAGAGGUCUGUCCUUCUACAGCCGUGUAGCAGAGAACUGUGAGGAGGAGGCCCACUUUAAUCAGACAUUUCGAUGGCCCAUUGCCAGCAGGCUGGAUGCUGAUGAGAUGCUGGAGAUCCAAGUGUACAAUUACAGCAAAGUGUUCUCUAACAGGUUGGUGGGGACAUUCUGUAUGGUUCUUCAGAAGGUGGCUGAAGAGGGACACCUAGAGCUGACCGACACACUCAUCGAUGACAACAACACGUCGAUAAAGACCAGCGUUACCUUAGAGAUCAGAUACCAGCCAAUGGAUGAAACUAUGGGGGUGUGGAGCGACGGGGAGCUCCUGGGUGUUCCUGAUGACCGUGAUGGGAUGUUUGCCUUUGAAACAGACAGCUUGUUAUCUGGACAAAGUCGCGGGUCAGGCAUGUCUGCUGGACGAGCCUUGCAAGGAUCCAUACCAACCUUCCGAAAAGCCGGGAAGAGUGUUUUCUCAGCCAUGAAGCUUGGCAAGAUCAAGAACUCUAAAGAUGAUCACAAGAAAGGAGAUGAGCCAGCAAUCCUGGACAUGGAGGACCUGGACAGGAAGGCGAUGCGUCUUGCUGGCACACUGGAGGCAGACACCAUCUCUCUGGCCUCUGUCACUGCUGUCACCACCAACGUCUCCAAUAAGAGGUCAAAGCCAGAUAUCAAGAUGGAACCAAGUUCUGGGCGACCAGUGGAUUAUCAGAUCAGUAUCACAGUGAUCGAGGCCCGGCAGCUGAUAGGCCUCAAUAUGGACCCCGUGGUGUGUGUGGAGAUCGGUGAUGACAAGAAGUACACAUCUAUGAAGGAAUCCACCAACUGCCCAUAUUAUAAUGAGUAUUUUGUCUUUGACUUCCACGUCCCUCCUGAUGUCAUGUUUGAUAAGAUCAUCAAGCUCUCAGUUAUUCACUCCAAAAACCUUCUUCGGAGUGGGACCUUGGUGGGAACCUUUAAGAUGGAUGUUGGGACAGUUUACUCUCAGCCUGAACACCAGUUUUACCACAAGUGGGCCAUCCUGUCUGAUCCGGACGACAUCACAGCUGGAUGUAAAGGAUAUAUAAAGUGUGAUAUUGCCGUGGUCGGGAAGGGUGACAACAUCAGGACCCCACACAAAGCAAACGAGACCAAUGAAGACGACAUAGAAGGAAACUUCCUGCUCCCAGAGGGCAUCCCAGCAGAGAGGCAGUGGGCCAGGUUUUAUGUGAAGGUCUACCGCGCUGAGGGUCUUCCUAAAAUGAACACUAACAUCAUGGCUAAUGUGAAAAAAGCCUUGACAGGAGAGAACAGAGACCUGGUGGACCCUUAUGUUCAAGUGCAGUUUGCUGGGCAGAAAGGGAAGACUUCAGUCCAGAGGAGCAGUUAUGAACCGAUCUGGAAUGAGCAGAUCAUUUUCAGUGAGCUGUUCCCUCCACUCUGCAGACGCCUGAAGAUCCAGAUACGAGACUCAGAUAAGGUCAAUGAUGUUGCCAUAGGGACUUACUUUAUUGACCUACGCAAGAUAUCAAAUGAUGGUGAUAAAGGGUUCCUGCCCACCCUGGGCCCAGCUUGGGUCAACAUGUAUGGCUCCACCCGUCAGUACACACUGAUGGAUGAGCACCAGGACCUGAAUGAGGGACUUGGAGAAGGCGUGUCCUUCAGAGCCCGUCUCCUGCUCUCUAUCACUGUGGAGAUCCUGGACACUGCCUCACCUGAGAUCAUCAGCUCCACUGAUGUUCAGGUGGAGGCUGUCUCUAACAUCUCAGAGAGCGCCACAGGGAAAAUAGAAGAGUUCUUCCUCUUUGGUUCCUUCCUGGAGGCCACCAUGAUAGACAGGAAGAUUGGUGACAAAGCAAUUAGUUUUGAAAUCACAAUUGGUAACUAUGGCAACCAGAUAGAUGGCAUGAGCAGGCUUUCAUCAACAAAAAAGAACAAGAAAGAUGGGGAGAAGGAGGAGGAGGAGAACGAGCUCAUCCAAAACUCCAGUGAAGAUGAGGCAGACGAGGAUGGAGAGCUGGUCUCAGUUUCUUCCACGCCACCCAUGAGGCCCUUCAUCACUGACAGGAACUACUUUCAUCUUCCCUACUUUGAAAAAAAGCCUUGUGUUUACAUUAAAAGCUGGUGGCAGGACCAGAGAAGACGACUCUACAACUCUAACAUGAUGGACAAGAUCGCUGACAAGCUGGAAGAGGGUUUAAAUGAUGUUCAGGAGAUCAUUAAGACGGAGAAGGCCUUUCCAGAGCGCAGACUCAGGGGAGUGCUGGAGGAGCUCAGUGUCGGCUGCAGUCGGUUUGUGACUCUGGCUAACAAGGACUUGAACCAGGCAGGCAGGACCAAACUGGAUCGAGAGAGGCUCAAGUCUUGCAUGAGAGAGAUGGAUAGCAUGGGCCAGCAGGCCAAGCAGCUUCGGACUCAGGUGAAGAAAAACAUAGUCAGAGACAAACUCAAGCUGGCACACAACUUCCUGCAGAAGCUUCGUUUCCUCGCUGACGAGCCUCAGCACAGCAUCCCAGAUGUUUUCAUCUGGAUGAUGAGCAACAACAAGCGCAUUGCUUACGCCCGGAUUCCCUCCAAAGACAUCCUGUAUUCAAUAGUGGAUGAGGAAACCGGCAAAGACUGCGGUAAAGUCAAAGCAGUCUUCCUCAAGCUACCUGGUAAGAAGGGGUUCGGGUCUGCAGGCUGGACGGUUCAGGCUAAGCUAGAGUUGUAUCUGUGGCUGGGUCUCACCAAGCAAAGGAAGGACUUCCUCAGUGGUCUGCCUAAUGGUUUUGAAGAGGUCAAAGUGGCUAAAAUGGGCCCGAGUCUUCACUUGGUCCCCCCUGUCAGUCUUGUCUACAACAUGAAGCAGGUGUUUCAACUGAGAGCACACAUGUACCAGGCCCGCAGUCUGUUUGCUGCUGACAGCAGUGGUCUUUCAGACCCCUUCGCUCGGGUCUUCUUCUCCACACACAGUCAGGUUACUGAGGUCCUGAGUGAGACUCUGUGUCCUACAUGGGACGAACUGCUGGUGUUUGAUGAUGUGGAGCUAUUUGGAGAAGCCACUGAGCUGAGAGAUGACCCACCAAUCAUUGUAGUUGAAAUCUAUGACCAAGACACUGUGGGCAAGGCAGAGUUCAUAGGUCGGACAUUUGCAAAGCCCACCAUCAAGAUGUGUGACGAGCACUACGGCCCCCCGAGGUUCCCACCACAGCUGGAGUACUACCAGAUUUACAGAGGGAACUGCAGCGCUGGGGAACUGCUGGCUGCCUUUGAACUGCUGCAGAUUCCUUUUGAUGCGGAGGAGAUUAGGCAAGCUCUGAUUGCUGUCCAUAACUUUGCUGUUCCUCAGAUAAAGAUUGGCCAAGGAGGCAGGGCAGACCUUCCCCCCAUUGAAGAACCAACAGACACAGAGCGAGGACCCAUCGUCCCUGUGCCCUUAGGCAUCCGACCUGUCCUGAGCCACUACCGCAUAGAGGUUUUGUUCUGGGGUUUAAGGGACCUGAAGAGGAUUAACUUGGCUCUGGUGGAUCGACCCCGUGUGGAUAUAGAAUGUGCCGGUAGAGGUGUGCAGUCUGCACUCAUCCAGAACUACAAGAAAAACCCCAACUUUAGCACCCUGGUUAAAUGGUUUGAGGUGGACCUUCCAGAAAAUGAGCUCCUCCACCCUCCUCUCAACAUCCGGGUGGUAGACUGCAGAGCAUUUGGCCGCUACAUCUUGGUAGGGUCCCAUGUUGUCACCAGCCUGAGACGUUUCAUCUACAGCCCCCCAGACAAGACCUCAAACAAAUGGGCCACUGCAGCUAAGCUAAUGAAUGGCUAUAUGGUCCUUACCAAUGGCGGCUCCCAACCUCGCUCCUCACCCAGCCUUUCCUCCCACACCCUCUCUCACCCUCCAGGUGACAUCAUCGUCAACGUAGAUGGAGAGCCUCCCAUCCGAAAGAUGGACACUGUGGUCAAGUUAGACGCUAUGUCUGACGCUGUUGUAAAAGUUGACAUGACUGAGGAAGAGGGUGACAAAGAGAAAAAGAAGAAGAAGAAGAAGAAAAAGAAGGGGGGAGUGGAGGAAGAGGAUGAGGCAGACGAGAGUGUGCUGGACUGGUGGUCUAAAUAUUUUGCUUCAAUAGAGACACUGAAGGAGACCCUCAGAGCCCAGGAAGUGGCUCAGGCAGAAGCAGAGGAGAGAGAGGACCUGGAGAUAGCAGCAGAGGCAGCAGAUAUCAAACCUGAUGACCUUCUUCUGAAAGGCUCCAGGACGAAGGAAAAGGGCAAAGAGAAGAAGAGCUCCAAGGACAAGAAAAAGAGCCAGGCUGCAGACAGUUUGGAGAAACAACCGUUUAAAGUCAAACUGGACGAGCUGGUGGUGUACAACAAGGAGCUGGAGAGUGAGUAUGGCAACUUUGAAGACUGGCUUCAUACUUUCAAUCUGUACAGAGGAAAAGCUGGGGACGACGAUGAACACACUCUGGAUGAUGACAGAAUUGUUGGAAGAUUCAAGGGAUCCUUAUGUAUGUACAAGCUACCUCUGCCUGGGGAGAUCAGCAGGGAGGCGGGAUUUGAUCCUAAUAUGGGCAUGUUCCAGAGCAUCCCGCAUAAUGAUCCGAUCAACGUCCUUGUCCGUGUCUAUGUGGUCAGGGCUACAGAUCUUCAUCCUGCUGAUAUAAAUGGGAAGGCUGAUCCAUAUAUUGUCAUCAAGCUGGGCAAGUCAGAGGUCAAAGACAAAGAGAACUACAUCUCCAAACAGCUCAAUCCUGUAUUUGGCAAAGCAUUUGACAUUGAGGCCACGUUCCCCGUGGAGUCCAUGCUAACAGUGUCUGUGUAUGACUGGGACUUGGUCGGCACCGAUGACCUGAUUGGAGAGACAAAGAUUGACCUGGAGAAUCGUUUCUAUAGCAAGUACAGAGCCACCUGUGGCAUUUCAUCCACCUACUCUGUCCAUGGAUACAAUGUUUGGCGCGACCCUUUGAAGCCCAGUCAGAUCCUGGCUAAGCUCUGUAAGGAUGGCAAGAUCGAUGCACCUCAGUAUGGGCCUGGAGGCAAAGUCAAGGUGGCAGAUCGAAUCUUCCAUGGACCAACAGAGAUUGAAGAGGAGAAUGGUCUGAAGAAGCAGACUGAGGAACAUCUGGCCCUGUCAGUGCUGAACCACUGGGAGGAGAUUCCGAGAGUGGGCUGCAAGCUCGUCCCUGAGCAUGUGGAGACCAGGUCCCUGCUGCACCCUGACAAACCUGGCAUUGAACAGGGCCGUAUUGAAAUGUGGGCGGACAUGUUUCCUAUGGACAUGCCUGCUCCUGGACCUGCUAUUGACAUAUCACCACGGAAACCAAAGAGAUAUGAGCUCAGGGUGAUUAUUUGGAAUACAGACGAAGUAAUACUGGAGGAUGAUGAUUACUUCACUGGGGAAAAGUCCAGUGACAUAUUUGUCAGGGGGUGGCUUAAAGGGCAGCAGGAGGACAGACAGGACACAGAUGUGCACUAUCACUCCCUGACCGGUGAGGGAAACUUUAACUGGCGCUUUGUCUUCCCCUUCAAUUACCUCAUUGCUGAAGAGAAGAUCGUAAUCUCGAAGAAAGAGUCCAUGUUCUCCUGGGAUGAGACAGAAUACAAGAUUCCUCCUCGCCUCACGCUGCAGGUCUGGGAUGCCGAUCACUUCUCUGCUGAUGAUUUCCUCGGUGCGAUUGAGCUGGACCUGAACCGGUUCCCACGUGGGGCCAAGACAGCCAAGCAAUGCUCCCUCAAUAUGAUCCGAAACGAGCAGGAGCUUCCCACGAUUUCCAUCUUCAAACAAAAGAGAGUGAAAGGCUGGUGGCCAUUUGUUGCCCGUGAUGAGAAUGAUGAGAUCGAGCUCACGGGUAAAGUUGAGGCUGAACUUCAUCUGGUGAUGGCAGAAGAAGCAGAGAAAAGUCCUGUAGGACUGGGACGAAAUGAACCAGAUCCACUGGAAAAACCAAAUCGUCCGGACACCACCUUCCUGUGGUUCCUGAGCCCGCUGAAAGCCAUCCGCUACCUGGUGUGCAACCGCUACAAGUGGCUGAUCAUCAAGAUCGUGCUGGCCCUGCUGCUGCUCAUCAUGCUGGGCCUCUUCCUCUACAGCAUGCCAGGCUACAUUGUCAAGAAACUGCUGGGGGCCUGAGAGGCUGCAGGAAGGACAGGAAGGAGGUGGCCAGCCCAGAAAGAUUGAGAGAUGGAUGUGUGGAUGAGGGAACUGGAGAGACACAGAGGGUCGAUGCUGACUUGUGAGAAAAGUACAAGGAGUGUCAUACCACAGGAAGGAAGGCGGAGGGAACAGAAGGCACUUUGAAGGUCCGACUGCAUUAAGUCUCCUCACUAAUUCAUUCUGAUCUUCAAGUACAGCUCGCCACCUUCCACCCUAGCUCUGAGGAGAGAAGCAGACACCACCUGAAAUACAGUAACUCCCCCACAAGUCAUGAGUAACACUAACUGUCUAAAUCCUCUAUUCAAUCUGCAGCAAGCCUGACAAACCUAAUGAUCAGUAUCUGGACUCCAUCCUUGAACUGAGUAGACAGCAAUAAAAUGCCAUAAAACACCCCCCAAACUACAGCUUUGGGUUAGUGGUCAGAUUGCAUGGACAUUCAUUUCAAGUGAUGCUAUUAGAUCUACCAUUACUGCUCCCCCCGGCUGUAUUUAGCAAUUAAUAGCACUAUAUGAACAUUUAAAAAUUAACUGCAUAACACACUAUAAUGUAGAUAUUUUCAGUUAUAAUGUACAUUUAGCAGUUCUAUGAAGAAAUAUUUUGUUACAACUGUUUUACUAUAUUGUCAUUCAUUAUCUGUUCAUAUAGCAGCCCCCAUUUAUGUGUCCGUAGGAGGAGAUACUGUUGUUAAAAAACACAUUAAAUACAGACAUUUGCUUACAACCACAUUAUAGCUUGUCAGAAAUGUUUAUAUAAUGCUUACAAAUGCUAAACAGGGGUUAAAGCAAAUCUUUUUUUUUUAACUCAUAGCUUUUGCAGUCUUUGCACACUUCAGGAAUAAUGAAGAAACUAAACUAAAGAUGUCUAUUUUCCUAAUAAAAUCCAGUGAGAGACAGAACAAGAUGACCAAAAUCAAACUCAAAUCAUUAUUAAGCUCUCUAGUCUACAUGAUUUAGUUGAACAGCUAUAUUAAAUGUUUAAACUCUUGCAUCAAAGCAACCAAACCAGACCAGGGUCAAACAGUAUUUGCAAAAAAAAAAAAAAAAAAUUACUUUUUAAUUCAGUUUUUUACAAUUAUUAUGUGAACUGUAUACUGUAAGUAUAGUUCAGCCCAUUCUCUCACAGUUGUGUUGAUUGAUCGAUUUAACCCUCACAAGAAAUUAUUUUGCAGAUAUCAUUAGACCAGGUCUAAUUUUUUUUUAAGUCUUCAAAAGUAACAAGUAAUUCGUUAUCACUGUUUUCUAACAAAAUAUAGACUUAUGCAUGUGUCUUGUGAUACCUGACCACAAAGGUUAUGUUUGUUGGCAUGACUUGUAUUCCUAGCUUGAGACAAACCACACUGUUAACACUUUACACAUGUGACGAUGAGUUCAUAGAAUUACAGUUAAAGUGCAUGGGGUUAUUCUGCUGUGUCCAUAACCCCCUUUUCAAAUUUGCUUUAGCUCAUUUAUGUUGCACUCUUUGUUUGUGAUUUUCAUUCAUCAGUUACACAGUUAUUGUUUGCACUAAACUCGACUGGUUUUACUAGGAAUGUGUGUAUUUGUAUGUCUGUUGAAAUGUGUCCACUAUUUAUUUUUUUGGCUGUGUUGGCAGUUUGAAAUAAACUGAAUCCCAUGAACACCAUGUCUGACAUAAAGUUGCAGCCUGAGUGUGUAAGAAAGUGGAGCGCUCCGAUUUUUCUCUUCAACGGUUUUCUCUACUUAAUGUUAACUAUUGUUUUUUUUGGCCUGCAUUCAUCUCUUCCUUCAGCUGCUUUCAGUCUUACACUUCGACUAUGCCUGCCUUUUAGCCAAAAGGUGAAAAACAGAGAGUACACACAUCCUUAACAUUUAACCAUCUGUGUUUAAGGUACAGAUUCCUUGGUACUCUUUGGAAAUGCCACUUGAUUUCUGACUCUCCCUCCAGCUGCUUUUCCAACUAAUCAUUUUGUCAGUACAAUACCAGAAACCAGUGAAACAUGCAAAUUCCAAGACCCUCAACUAACAUCUUGAAGUUGCUCAUUUCGUUCAUUUGUUCAAUCAAACACAAAGAUGCUCGAACUAAAAAAAAAAAAAAA